AUGGAUUCCCAGAACAUGAGCCAUCAAGCUGGACAGGCCCACGGUCAAGCUCAGGAGAAGUUGAGCCACGCUCAGGAGAAUUUGAGCCAUCAUGCUGGACAGGCACAGGAGAAGUUGAGCCAUCAUACUGGACAGGCACAAGAGAAGUUGAGCCAUCAUGCUGGACAGGCAGAGGGCCAAGCUCAAGAGAAGACUAGCAACUUGAUGGACAUGGCUAGCAAUGCUGCUCACACCGCAAAAGAAACUGUUCAAGAGGCUGGACAACAUGUGAAGGCAACGGCACAAGGAGCUGCUGAGGCUGUGAAGAAUGCAACUGGCUUAAACCAGAAGUGA